CCCGGAGAGAAAAAUAUGGGCGAUAUAGAGAAUAUGGACAAAACAAAACAAAAAAAUCGAGCUAUGCUGAACAUAGAACCGAGAGAAGUAUCAGUUCGCAGAGAAUCUGAACUAUAUAGAGCAAAUAAAACAAAAGCUGCUAAAAUAUCCCGGAUAGAAUAUGAAGAAUAUAUGGAUAGAGACUAUGGGCGAAGUAAAUCAAAACAGUCAGGUUAUGCUGAACAUAGAACUUGGAGAAGCAUUAAUAGUAAUAGAGAAAAUGAAAAAAAGCUAAAGACAUCACUUCCAGUUACCACUUCGGUGACCGCUCCAAUGACCGCAGAAAAUCUUGGACAAUUAUUCAAUACAUCCAGUGAUAUUCCAGCCCCUAUGGUUGUUCUAUCGGCACAGCAGUUCUACACACUUUUAACGGAGAACGAAAACUCCGAGAUGAAUGGUAUUAUCGACAACAAAAAUAAAAACAAUGUGCCGAUUUCAGAAUUAGGAAACGUGUUAGUAACGGCGGAUUCCCUCAGCACAUUAGAUGAUAAGAUGUAUGUCAGUGGAGAUGUUAUCAGCUUAUAUGCAAAACUAAUUAAUCGAAGAAUAGAAAAAAGAAAAACGAAGAGCGUUAAUACGCAACAUGAAAUCAAAAUGACCAACACUUACUUUUACCCCACUCUAGAAAAGAGUGUGGCAAACGGAAACUUUGAUAGGGUGUUAAAAUGGUUACCCAAAGUUGAUAUUCCGGAUUUAUAUGCUCUCGAGCAAUUAUUAAUCCCUGUUCACUUAAUACGUGGAAAACACUGGGUGUUGGCGGUUAUUGAUCUUAAAACCAAGAAAAUAAUUUUGUACGAUUCGAUGGCUUGCCUUAAUUCCAUCGACCGACAAAAAGUCGGAGAAAAUUUGUUUCGAUUCGUUCAAGAACAUCGAAAAGCAAGUGGACUGUUCAAUAACAGCCUUGAAUGGGACAUAGUAAAUCUCGCACCAAAUACACCUCAGCAGCCAAAUCAUUUUGACUGUGGUGUGUAUGUUAUACUCUUUGCUGAUUAUUUAUCGGCACAAAGAGUAUUUGAUUUUCACAACGUUUCAAUGGAAACAUAUCGUCAAAGGAUUCGGUAUGAAAUUGUAACACAAAAGUUGUUCCACGAUUAA